ACCCGAACCGUUAUAUAAAGUAGCCACAUGCAAGCAUCUCGGUUAGUUCGUAUGUACAAAUAAACAUCGGUCUGGUAACGUACAGAACUAAGCAAGUGUGUAAGCAGUUAAAUAUUAAUAACAUGUCGAGGUCUCAACUGUAAUCCAACCCUGGACACUUGGUCCAGCGUCACGUCCAGGCCGCUCCACCGUAAUCGUCUGCAGCCUUAUAUUUAUAAUUACCAACACUGUCCAGCGUUUCGCGGGUAUCCUGGUAUGCUAUUCGGCGAUGAAGAUGUAGAAUGUCACAGUGGAUAUUUGUAAUACCCACAGACAUUACACACUCCUAAGGACGAAACUGGCUAGUAUAGCCCAAUAGUAACGGCCUAGCUAUAUAACAUUGAUGAACAGCAACCUUAACCCAGGGCUGUCGAGAAGAUGUCCCCUACACAGAAGCCAACAUCCACACAAGAACAAUCAGAUGACUCCCAUGAUGAUUUCAUCAGGAAUUCAAGAAUUUUGAUUGAAUCAACAAAAAACAAGAUGGAGCGGGUACAGAAGAUGUCUAACGAGUUGGGGUAUCUCACAAGCCUCAUUAAGGAUGACCGGAAACAGGCAACGAAAUCCAAACAACAGAUCGUCAACCAAUCCAAACAGCAGACCGACAACCAAUCGAAACAGCAGACCGUUAACCAAUCAAAACAGCAGACAGAUAACCAAUCAAAACAGCAGACAGUUAACCAAUUUAAGAAGAGCAUUGAAGAUGUCAGAGAGACUCGAAUCAGUCAUCAGAAGGACAGCAGACCAGCUCGACAUUCAGUUCCGGGACAUAUCGUGUCCGAUAGACCAAGGAAAAAAGACAACACUCCAAAAAUAAGCAGUAAGUUAAGAAAACUAAGCGACGGGGGCAGGUUAAAACUGAUUCAAAGUACUCUUCAGAAAGUCAAAGAGGCAGACGCAAAAGAUAAAUACUUGACGAAAGAGUCCAAGGAAUCUUCCUCCAUUAAAUCUCACAAAAUAGUUAUCCCUAGGGAUUCAUGUUUCGAUGGUAAGAUCGACGACACAAAAACAGAUCGUGAUGAUCUGAGAAGUAGUGACACCAAGACAGGCGGUGACGUAUUGCCUGGCUGUUUGUGUGACUGUGGCGGUAAUCUCAUUGUUGAUGAAACGGCAGAGAGGGCAAUAGCUGCGAGACAUCAAGCCAAGUAUAGAACUAAACUACGUGGUCCUGCUUCUAAGCAUUGUUGUGUAAGUCAUUUUAGUUCCUACCACGGCCCAGUGAUACUAGCAGGCGAGGACACAGCGUUCUCACAUCUUCCCGCUUUACGUGUGAACAAUAUUCAAAUCCCUUCGCCAAGGCCAAGGUCAAAUAUGGACAUAAGGUGCAAGGAUUCGAUCCAAAUGGUAAAGGACUCAAAUUCAUUUAAUUCAUGUUUAAAUAAAGACGACAUUCGAAACGCUGAGAAACGGAAAUUGAAAAAUUGGUGGCAUCAUAGAUGCGCAUGUGUACAAGAGUACAUCAGGCAAAAUGAACAAAUGGAAUCAAGACGACCCACCUUGAAACCGAACAAAGUGACACUGCAGACAACUGGAUUCUCCUCGUUGUACUCAGAAUCGGGAAACUUUGUACCGUAUGAGGAGGUGUCUAUCGGAUACAGGCUAAUGGUCGGAAGGCAGGCUUCCUUUCCUAUAAGUAUUCGCCAUUUGAGGAAGUUCCGGACACAGAUCAAACGAUAAGAGGUUGAACAUACAUGUACAUUGUAUGUUCAAGUCCUGUCAAAUCAGCACAUCAUUACUGUAACUCUGAGAGAAUAUUUCAUGAUAUUUUAGCAACCUCUCCUAAUACAUUGUACGUAAUGCAUUAUUAGCCGAUUGCGACAUUACGGCAAGAGAAACCGGCAUUAAGAUAAGAGAAGCAAACAGUAUGACAAGAGAAGCCGACAUUACGACAAGAUAAGCCAACAUUACGACAAGAGUAGCCGACAUUACGACAAGAUAAGCCAACAUUACAACAAAAGAAGUCAUUAGUACGACAAGAUAAGCCAACAUUACGACAAGAGAAGCCGACAUUACGACAAGAGAAGUCAAUAGUACGACAAGAGAAGUCGACAUUACGACAAGAGAAGUAAAUAGUAUGACACGAGAAGCCGAUAUUACGACAAGAGAAGUCAACAUUACGACAAGAGAAGCCGACAUUACGACAAAAGAAGUCGACAUUACGACAAGAUAAGCCAACAUUACGACAAGAGAAGCCGACAUUACGACAAGAGAAGCCGACAGUACGACAAGAGAAGCCGACAUUACGACAA